AUGUCCUCGGAUCCCAACCCAACAAACUUCUAUCGGCUUCCUUCGCGAGACUCCGACGGUGGACUGGACGACGAAGUGGUAUCGAGCGAUGGAGGAGUCGACAUGAAGUACCGCCACAAGGUCUGUGUCCAAAAGACCGUCUCCAUGGUCCCCAAGACGAGCAGCGAAGCGAUGACGGUGAUCCUGACGGCGCGAGACGCACCCAGUUUGGAAAAAUUGAGCGGAGGAAUGCCUCCACGACGAUCGCACCAGAAGUCGCGCCGUGGCUGCUUAACCUGCAAGGUCGGCCACAUUAAGUGCGACGAGACGGGCCCUCCUUGUGGCCGCUGCAGGCUCAGAGGAACUACGUGUGAGUACGCCAGCCCAGGGCCAUAUCCAGACCUCCUGCAGCCACAGACUCUGCCCUCGGGUCAUCAUGACCGGGCCCGUGUACAUGCAGAACGUGAGCCCCGUCCCGACCUGCCGCCGCAGUCCGUGGACGAGCAGGAAGAGCCGCUGUUCCCCAACGAGGAUCGCCUGCUGGAGCUGCAGCUCAUGCAUCGCUGGUCGACGGUGACGUACAGGAGCAUGUGCAGCAAGGUGGCGCAGGACGACUACGUCUGGCAGAUGGCGGUGCCGCGGUGGUCGCUGCAGCACGAGUUCCUGUGCGCGGGCGUCUUCGCCCUAGCCGCCUUCGAGUCGGCCGCCAGCUGCUCCUCUUCCUCCUCGGGGGAACGUGGCCGCCGUGCGAAAUACCUCGGGGCGGCCGUCAAGUAUCAGACCCUCGCGCUGAACCAGUUCCGUGCCCACCUUCAGUUCCAAGAGGCUGCCAGCCUCGAACGCUACGAGACCGUGCUCUGCUUCUCGUUGAUGCUGAUGGUGCUCGCGUUGGCCUCGUCACAGUUCCUGUCCGAGCUGGCCGGUGGCUCUCAGGGCGGCGACAACGACGACAGUAUGGUGCGCAACACGCUGACGCACUUCGAGUUGCUGCGCGGAUGCGCCGCCGUUCUCGGAGACAACGCAGAGCAAUACUUGGCCCAGAAUACGUACGUGCAGAAGCUGACGCCGUUCGAGAACCUGCCCCGGAUGCCGCUCGACGCUGAUUGCGCGGCGGCCCUGUCAAAACUCAACACGGCCAACGAGAGACGGAUCAUUCAGACCGUGGGCGAUAGCUACGAGCGUCGAGUCCAGCAGGUCGCGCAUUUCGAAGCCUGCAAGAAGGCCAUCGCCCUGCUUGAGGAGUGCUUUGCCAAAUGCGUCAGCCACGACGACGACGACUAUCAGGGCUACAUCCUGGGAUGGCUCAACAUGGCCGGCGAGGAGUACGUCAACGCCAUCAGGGCCAAUGACCAUGUCGCACUGCUGGUGUUGAUGUACUGGGGCGCGUUGGUCGAGAAACUCGGACGUCGGGUCUGGUGGGCGAGAGACUUUGGGAGGCUGUUGGUCGAGGAGAUCUCGGGCCAGACACCCAGUCACACAUCCCCAGCCGACGACUGGACGGCGGAUCUCAUCUCGUCGGCACGGAGAUUGUUGGCUCAGCACUCGCGCAGCCAGGAUGCUGGGUAG